AUGGGUUUAUCGAGUAUCUCCACUAAAGCUUUUGGGUAUAUCUACGAUACUUCCUACGCCAAUCGCCUCGACACAACCAAAACCAAUGCCGGACCACUCACAACCACCUUCACGCCGCCCGCAUCAUGCGCCACCCCGCACACCGAACUACUAUACGGACGACCCGAUCUAAUCCAAGGAUGCGCAGGCCCGUUCGGCGAUGAGUGCUGUCCAGAAGGAUGGCGUUACAAUAUGUACUUUAGUCCCGGUGUGUGUCCAGUGGGAUACAAAUCGUGCACGCUGCCGACGACCACGCAGCGGGACGAAACCACGGUUAUCUGCUGCCCAACUGGCUUCGACUGCAACGGGCGAGACUACUGCGGAAAGACGUUCAACAGCGCGCCGACGAUCACCUACUCAGAUGCCACGCUCUCCGUCGUCACGACAGUGCGAGCCAUCACCGCGACCGGGAUCCAGAUUCGCUUCAAGGCAUCCGAGUCCAGUAUUGUUCCUAUAAUAAUUGAUUCUCUCAACCUGCCGAGGGACCAUUCACUGAGCAAAAAUGCUAAGGUGGGAAUUGGGAUUGGCGUCCCGGCUGCCGUCGCACUGUUGGGGUUCCUGGGCUUCUUUGGGCUGAGGUAUUACCGUCGAACGAGGGAAGCAAAGGCUCACGUGGUUGGUUCGGAGAAUGUGCCGUCGUUAGGGCAGGAUGAGCCGCCGCCUGCCUAUUCGAGGGGGACGAAGAGGUAG